CUUACACAUGCACAGUCGAACGCGAGGUGGGCAGUUGUUACCUUUCAAUUACAACUCACUACCAACUUAACUACUUCAAUUUCGGUUACUUAAAUACAGCUGAAAAUGUUUACCAAGUUACUAUUAGGGCUAAUUUUGUGUUGGGGUGUGUGGAGUUUCCCGGACGGGGCUCCAAUCGACACGUGUGUGAAGAACCGUGCUAAUCAGCCUAAUCAUGGACAACACAGGACACAACCCUUGUCCACUCUACCGUACAGGGUGCUCGCAUCAGCGCUGGUUUACGGCCCAAAUACCCCUGUCACAGUGACAAUAGAAGGAUCGGAACCGUUCAAAGGAUUCUUCAUUCAAGCGCGUUCAGUUGAGAACGACAACUGGAUCGGGUCGUGGGAACCUGCUCCGAACACGACUAUCCAUCCAGAAUGUUCGUCGAUCACACACGGCGACCCUGAGUUCAAGACAAGGGCUACUUUGCUGUGGAGAGCACCCCCUGAUGCUCAUGGAAGGGUGUACUUCACCGGCACCGUACUGAAGAACUACGGAACUUUUUGGUCCGACCUCAUCGCUGAAGCGCCACAAGACCCCUCACAACUUCAAAUACUUGGCUGAAAGGAAUAUCAACUCUA